AUGGCUCCUCGCCAGUUUCGUGAUUAUGAGGCGGAUAAGGCUGAGAUAACUCGGUUCCUUAAGGAGUUUCACAAGUCGGAAAAGGAUGGAGAAAAGUAUUUUCCAUACCUUGAACAAUUGUCCAAACUUGCGAAUCGUAAGGAAAAUGUAAUUCGUAUUUCUUUGGAUGAUCUUUGGGAUAUGAACGAGGAGCUGACAACAGCUGUUGAAAUAAAUACUACUCGUUUUCAGAGGCUUUUUUCUGAAGCUAUCGAUGAUCUUAUUCCCGAUUAUCGCGAGGGAGAGGCACAAAUUCAUGAUGUUUUGGACAUAUUUAUCGAUCACAGGAUCAGAAUGGAGCAAAGAAUGCACACCGAGGAUAUUGGUGGUGAAUCACCACCACAGGGUCAGGCGGUCGAUCAGCCAAACUCAACUGAAAUGCGGGAAAUCAGAGCUAAAUUUCCACCAGAACUUUUGAGGCGCUAUGAAGUCUAUUUCACGGCAAGAUCAACGUUUAAACCAAUGAGUGUCAGGAAAGUUUUAGCAUCUAGUAUUGGUCAUUUGAUUCAAGUUCGUGGUAUUGUGUCUCGUACUACGGAAGUCAAACCACUUCUUCGUGUUGCUACCUAUACGUGUGAUAGGUGUGGUGCUGAAACCUAUCAGGAAAUCACUAGUUCGAGCUUUAUGCCACUUAUGCUGUGCCAAACACCUGCUUGCAAAGCUGCAGGAGCGGGAAGCGCUGGACAACUUCAAUUGCAGACUCGAGGGUCUAAAUUCGAAAAGUUUCAGGAAAUUCGCAUCCAAGAGUUGUCUGAUCAAGUUCCAGUGGGCAAUAUCCCUCGUGGCUUGACUGUUUACACUCACGGAGAAAACACGAGACUUGUGCAACCUGGUGAUCAUGUUUUAAUCACUGGUGUAUUCCUGCCUUCAGCUCGUGGCACAGUUGCAGGUCGUGCGGCUUCUGCUAUGAGUGGAACGACUGGUGCCCUCUUAGCUGACACCUUCUUGGACGCCCACUUCAUAAUCCAGUUGAGCAAAUCAGAAUCAAACUUGGAUGAAGAACCCACUGAAGCUGAGAUUGAAAGGCUACAAGAUCCUGACAUGUAUAGUCUGAUGGCUCAGUCAGUUGCUCCAGAAAUUUACGGUCAUGAGGAUGUCAAGAAGGCUCUUUUACUUCUUCUUGUUGGAGGUGUUGAGAUUCGACCACAAGCUGGCCUCCGUAUCCGUGGAAACAUCAAUAUCUGUCUCAUGGGUGACCCUGGUGUUGCCAAGUCACAACUAUUGGGUUUCGUCUAUCGUCUGAGUCCACGUUCACAGUAUACUACUGGUCGUGGUAGCUCUGGUGUUGGUCUGACUGCUGCAGUUACUAAAGAUCCCUUCACAGGAGAAAUGACUCUUGAAGGAGGCGCUUUGGUUCUUGCUGAUCAAGGCGUAUGUUGCAUCGAUGAAUUUGACAAGAUGGCUGAAUUUGAUCGCACUGCAAUCCAUGAGGUCAUGGAACAGCAGACCAUCAGUAUCGCCAAGGCGGGUAUCCUGACCACCCUCAACGCGCGUGUCGCGCUUUUGGCCGCAGCUAACCCUGCCUACGGACGAUAUAACCCACAUCGAUCUGUCGAACAAAACGUUGACUUGCCCGCCGCUUUGCUCUCCCGCUUCGAUCUCCUUUGGCUCAUCCAAGAUCGUCCUGACAGAGAGAAUGACAUGCGUCUUGCUCAACACAUUGCCUACGUCCAUUCACACGGUUCAGCACCCACUAACGCUGCAGCCAGUGACGCUGCAGGUCACGCAUCGGGUCGUCUCCUUUCCCUAGCUGAACUCCGUCGUCUGAUCGCCGUAGCCCGAUCCCAGCCUGAACCCGUUGUACCAGCCUACUUGGCUGAUUAUCUUGUGGGGGCGUAUGUGGAGAUGCGAAAAGAGGCUCGUGUCAACAAAGAGAUGACUUACACCAGUGCAAGAACCCUCUUAGCUAUUAUGCGUCUGUCUACUGCCAGGGCUCGUUUGAGGGUUGCCAGUGAGGUCACAAAAGCUGAUAUCGAUGAGGCUAUGCGCUUGAUGGAGGCAUCCCGAGCAUCUGUCAGUAACCCGGUCGGUGGGCCACGUGAUCGUAAUCGCCCGGUGUCGUAUAAGGACCAGAUAUACGCAGUCAUUCGUGAAUUGCUUGGAAUGGGUGGUGGUAGCACUCGUUUAACUGACGUUAUGGAGCGCUGUGCCAACAAAGGCUUUACUCCAAAUCAAGUCAACGAGGUUGUUGAUGCCUAUGAAAAUCUCAACGUUUGGCAGGUUAAUAUGGGCCGCACUCGUAUCACUGCUGUCGCCUAG